AUGGCGCCAACGAAGAAAUCAAUUUCUAUUAGAACAUUGGAACAAAAGGAAGUGCAACGAGUCAAGCAAGCACUGUAUCUUAUCGAGGCCAAAAAAAGACAACAAGGACUACCACAUAACAUUCGAGCCAGGAAGGACUUGUCUCAUUUGAACCCUGCGGAAAAGAAGGCCUACACCAAAGAACAGAACCGUCUACGCAAAGCAAAGUCCAGGGCUGAAAAGGCAAAACGAAAAGCCAAGGAAGCGGCAGCAAAACAAGGAAUUCCUCCUCUUGAACCUCAAGCAUUCGAUACAAUCCUUGCAAGCAUUAUGGAGGACGCUCCUUCAGCUCAAAUAUCUGUCCAGUUUGAUCCUGGGCCAAAUGACCGUCCUGCCAACCAGUCAACUCCCGCUUCGAAGCAAUCCAUGACGGAAAACUUUAGAACACCGCAGCAGCGAUACACUUCCUCUUCUCGUCUAGCGGCGGCAAUGCAGACUCCCGAUGGACGUGAGCUUACGGAACAGCACUCCGCUCGAAAAGGGAAGAGGAACUCUAAACGUAUAGACACCACUACACAAACAUUUGCGUCGGAACGCGAAGUACUAAAAGAGCAAGAAGCGAUUCUGAAGGAACGCGAAAAUUCACAAAAGCAAAGAAGUGCUGCAUGGAAAGAACUCAUCCGCAAGGAGGCGGAGGAUAGGAAGGCCAGAAUUCAGCAGGAAUAUGAAGCUAAUCAAACCAAAAUUCAGCAGCAAUAUGAAGCCGAUCAAGCCAGAAAUGAGAAGCUAAAGGCCCACUGGAUCGAUGAUGCUAAGGCUGUUGACACAAACUUUGAGCAACAGUACAAUCACAAACAAAAGUACAUCCAUAUUGCCGCAGAAGAACGCAACUCGGUUAUGGAAAUCUUGAAAACAGAGAGCAAUGAAGAAAAUGAAGUGUACGAAGCAAGUCUUGAUUUCAUUGCCAAGGCUACGGAACAGAAACCAGCUCCAGAAGCUGCCACAGGGCCAUUCACGCCCAUCACACUUCUUUAUGACACGCCCAUGCCCAAGGAAGCACCAGUAUACGACAAUGCACCCUCAAGCCCUCCAACAGGAACAUCCAAUGGCAUUCAGGUUCAGCCGCCUUCGCCACUAGUAUAUCUUCCCGAUUCAGGAGAGGAUAAAGAUUUGAAGGGGUCUGAUCGGCCAUUUGGGAGCAAAGUCGCUCGUCCCGAAUCUACUCCGGCGACCCCAGUCCACAAAGCUGGAUCAGUUGGGUCAAUUUCACCAUUUGAUUCUCCCUCUCCAGACAAGACUACAACUGAGGACUCGAAGCCUGAGGCCAGAUUGGACAACAAGGAGAAUUAUAAUCAGACAAAACCUGCUCCUACCUCUAGUUCUGUAUCCACUGUCACGAUCCACUGCCAAGCCUCCACUGGCCAAAAGAAGGCCAAGUCUGUCCGUAAGAAGAUGAAGGUCGCUUUGACCACAAAGAAGGCCAAGAAAGCUGCCAUGAAGGGAACUGCACCAUCUGGUUUCGGCUCUCAGCAGCCCUCUCUAGUGCUAUUGAAUAGAAAUGGAUCAGCUUUUUCCAACUCUAUUCAGUCGCCAAAUCCAUUUGGACCACCUUUACCGGGAGCCACAACCAUGAAUAAAAAUGAAAGUGCACCAUCUGGUUUCAGUUCCCAGCAGCCGCACUCUCCAGUGUUUGGAGCACCUAUGAAUGGAAAUGGAUCAGCUUUUUCCAGCUCUCAGCAGCCGCCCUCUCCAGUGUUUGGAGCGCCUUUGAAUGGAAGUGGAUCAGCUUUUUCCAACUCUCAUCAGCCGCCUUCAUGCUUCAACACUAAUCUGCCGCCCACUCCUUUUGGAGCGGACCAUUCUGCUUUGCCCAAUUGGAACUCCAAGGAUGGCAAUAUGGGUGAUACCGUCAUGGGCGGCGGCUAG